AUGGCUGUGCUUCAAAACCACCACCAUGUUAUUGUUGAAUCCAGAGUUGGGAUCAUUGGGGCUGGUAUCAGUGGGAUUGCUGCAGCCAAACAGCUAUCUUACUACAACCCAGUGGUGUUUGAGGCCACUGAUUCUAUUGGGGGUGUUUGGAAGCAUUGUUCUUACAGUUCCACAAAGCUCCAAACACCUCGCUGUGACUUUGAAUUCUCAGACUUCCCUUGGCCUCAAAGAGAUAACUCUUCCUUUCCUUCCCACCUCGAGGUACUUGAAUACUUGCACAGCUACGCCACACGCUUUGAUGUGUUGAGGCUGGUCAGGUUCAAUUCCAGGGUGGUAGAAAUUCGCUAUGAUGGUGACCACACCAACAAAUCUGAACUUGGCAGGCUACUCGGUGGCCGUCCUGUUUGGGAGAUCGCUGUCCAAAAUACUCAGCUCAAGACUCUUGAGUGGUAUGCUUUUGAGUUUUUGGUGGUGUGCGUUGGCAAAUACGGAGACGUACCAAGGAAGGUAGAAUACCCACCAAACAAAGGUCCAGAAUCAUUCAAAGGCGAAGUGUUGCAUACAAUGGACUACGCUAAGCUUGAUAAACAAGCUGCUCAACAACUUCUCAGAGGAAAAAGAGUUGCUGUUGUCGGCUACAAGAAGUCUGCCAUUGAUUUAGCUAUGGAGUGCGCAGAGGCAAACGCAGGAUGCGAUGGGAAACCUUGCACGAUGGUGAUAAGGACAAUGCAUUGGACUGUUCCAUCUUACUGGAUUUGGGGAUUGCCAUUUUUCCUAUUUUUUUCCACUAGGUCUUCUCAGUUUCUCCACGAAAGGCCUAAUCAAAACUUGUUCAGAGCCCUUCUCUGUCUUCUCUCGUCCCCAAUGAGAAAAGCGAUUUCCAAGUUCAUAGAAUCAUACUUGACUUGGAAGCUUCCUUUGAAAAAAUAUGGUCUCAAACCGGAUCACCCAUUCGUGGAGGACUACGCUUCAUGCCAGAUGGCGAUCUUGCCUGAGAAUUUCUUCUCUGAGGCAGACAAAGGAAAGAUACAAUUCAAGAAGGCUUCCAAGUGUUGGUUCUGGAGCGGAGGACUUGAAUUUGAAGAUGACACCAGAUUGGAGGCCGACGUGGUGAUUCUUGCCACCGGUUAUGAUAGCAAGAAGAAGCUUCAAUCUCUACUUCCUGACCCAUUUCGAAGCUUAAUCGUGGACUCUUCAGGGAUUAUGCCCUUGUACAGGGGAACGAUCCACCCGUUGAUUCCUAACAUGGCGUUUGUGGGGUAUGUGGAAAGUGUGUCAAAUCUUCAGACGGCAGAGUUAAGAUGCAAGUGGCUGGCAAGACUAGCGGAUGAGCAAUUCAAGCUUCCGAGUGUGAGGAAGAUGAUAGAGCAGACGAGUGAGGAAAUACAGGCGAUGAAAAGAACCACUCGUUUCUAUAAAAGACACUGCAUUUCAACUUUCAGCAUCAACCACAGUGAUGAGAUUUGCCAGGAGAUGGGUUGGAGCAAUUGGAGGAAGACCAAUUGGUUCUCUGAAGCAUUCAGCCCUUAUACCAGCCAAGACUACUUUGGAAUAUAACGAAUCUCAUAGUUGUUUGUUGCUCAUUAUUUUUCAA